GUAAGCUACCGAUCAAAUGGUCCAUCGGCCACGGACUUGUAAUUAAUAAAUUGUGCGAAAAUCGUAAAUUUUAUCGUAUGGUGUGUGCGAAGUGUGUUGUAGUGUAGAGUUUCACUACUUAUAAAAAUCGUAGACCUAACCAGGACAAGUUUAGCGUAGUCCAAUUGGUCAAAAUUAUUAUUCGAAUAAAGUUAAGCGUGUUUAUAUAAAUCAGUAAUAGUAUAAAAUUUAAAGUUUGCGGUUUCGAAAAGAUUGAGAAGAAAGCGUCGCAGUACCGCUUAGAAGCCAAUUGUAGGAGUAAUUUUCCAAAAAAGAAAGAAAAAGUCAUUGGUAAAAGAUUAAUCGAAAUAAGCAAAUAAGUCGGUAAGUUCCUUUGUAUUUGCUUCCUUUAAAAAGAAAAAAUAGAUUAACUAUUGUUUGAGUCAGCUGGGUUUGCCGUGUGAGUUUGGUGUAUAAAUAAAAUAUUUAUACAUAAUAUUAUUUGAUAUAAGCGAAAUCGUCCAUGAGUGGCGUAGUUAUAGCGGCGAUUUAUUAUUAUUGAAUAGCAUAUCGAUAGCAAGACGGUGCGGUGAAAUAGAUAAUUGUACUAAUAUACAGGUACACGGGUUUGCCGACGCAUCAUUAAAGGCCUACGGGGCAUGUAUAUAUUUACGAUGCACAAAUAAUAAUGGAAAUCGUACAGUACACCUUAUCGGCGCGAAGUCCAAGGUAGCGCCAUUAAAAACAAUAACAUUACCGCGUUUGGAGUUAUGUGCUGCGUUAUUGUUAGUGCGACUCGUUAAUAAAUUUAUACCAAAAUUAAAUUUAAAUAUCCAGAAGAAAAUGUUUUGGUCUGACUCUAGAGUCACAUUAGCAUGGAUAGCGUCCUCAUCCAGUCAAUGGAAAACUUUUGUUGCAAAUCGAGUAGGCGAAAUUCAAAGUUUAAGUGAUCGGACGGAGUGGGCGCAUGUAAGGGGCGAAGAAAACCCAGCGGAUAUUAUAUCGCGUGGUAGCGAGGCAAGGCAAUUGGUGCAAAAUGAACGAUGGUGGAGUGGUCCAGAAUGGCUCAGUAAAGGCGAAGAUGAAUGGCCUAUUAAUUCUGAUAGUCUAAUAUUAAAUAAUAAAGAAUUGGAAGUGGAAGCUAAAGGUGUUCAAGCAUUGUCAAGUAUUGCAAGGUCUGAAUUUUCGUUAUUAACGCGAUGUUCCUCAUUAAAUAAAAUAUGGCGUAUUAUUGCAUAUUGUUUGCGAUAUAGAGAUCGUAUAAAAAAAGAUUUAAAUGGUAAACCAUUAAAUAGAAUGACAGGUCCUAUUUUAGUACACGAGGUGGAACGAGCUGAAAAGGCAUUAGUGCAUAUAGUUCAAAAUGAAUAUUUUUCUCAAGAAAUAAAAUGUUUAAAAGGGCCAAAUGGUCAAGUAUCACAAAAAAGUAAACUUUUUCGCCUACAACCGUUCUUGGAUAAAAGUGGAUUACUUAGAGUGGGCGGAAGAUUAAAAAAUGCAGCAUCAUUAGAGAUCUUUCAAAAACAUCCACUGAUUAUACCGGCUAAGAGCACGUUUACUAAAUUGUUACUUAGAAAUGAGCAUGAAAGAUUAUGUCACAGCGGUCCACAAACUGUUUUAGCGUCCAUAAGGCAAAGAUAUUGGCCAUUAAAUGCAAGGAAUACAAUUAGAGGAAUUAUAUUCAAGUGUUUGCGUUGAUU